GCCGUACGGCAUCGUUGUCGUCGUUUCGAAACACGUGCGCGAGAUUCAGAAUUUUUGAAUUUUAAUACCUAAUUAAUAACAAAAUAUAGUAUUUUUUAUCACAGGCGCCAUUGUCAACCGAAUUAUUGUUUUUAAUUUAUAUCUGUGUUUGAUUAUCCGAUGUGAAGAUGUACUCACAAUAACAUUACAGUGGAAUUACUGCACUCUGGUCUGUCAAUAUUUACACGCGCUGACAACAAUCGUCGAGUACUUUUACCAUGUCACCGGCUGUGACGGCAGUCGGUCUCUGUUCGCGUUCACAACCUCAGUGAAUUCGUAAUGUAUUUGCAUGAUUGCUAAUUAAUCUAUUCGAUAUCCAAAAUCAAUGGCCGGAAUUUGUUCGAUGCCGUACGACCGCCGAAGGUCCGUUUCGCCUUCUUUUUCAUGGCGCUAUGUUGGCGAUUACAAUACUUGGACGACGCCUAGACGAAGGGAUCACAAACGGUUUUCCGGAGCCGUAGCCGACACGAUGAUCACCGAUAGGAUUUACGGUCGUAUACGUCGGGAAGCAAAGACGCCACCGCAGCCGAUGAUGUUUUCGCCUGACGCACCUGCUACCCUUGUGAUUUAUCCCAAACUAUGCGGUUGCCGUUUGUUACCCGACGAGCGACGUUUUUCUUCGACCACCGCCACCAUUACCGAUAGGAGUAAAAGUUCAAGCCGGUCAACCACUCCUCCGCCUUCGUUUGCAGAAUGUCAACAAAGAAUGAGUGGCAAUUUAGAGCCACCUCAACACGAGGAAGGCUCGGAAAUGUUUGAAGAACCUGUGGAGGAAAUGAAUGGAGAUCGCAUAGUGUGGGAAUUUCAUCAAGUUACUUUAAAUCGAGUACCUGGUUAUGGAUUUGGUAUUGCAGUCAGUGGUGGGCGUGAUAAUCCUCAUUUUGCAAAUGGAGACCCAUCAAUUGCUGUAUCUGAUGUUUUAAAAUCUGGACCUGCAGAAGGAAAGCUCAUGGUCAAUGACAGAAUAAUGACUGCAAAUGGUGUGUCACUAGAUAAUGUGGAGUAUGGUACUGCCGUUGCUGUUUUAAGAGAAUGUGGUGAAAGUGUUACUUUAUCUCUAAGACGUAGACUGGUAUUACCUUCAAAUACUCCUCACACUUUACGUAUAUAUUUGAAUAAGACUAGGAAAAAAGAUGAUUUUGGAUUAGUUUUGGGAAGUAGAAUAUAUAUUAAAGAAGGCACUAAAGGUGAUAAUAGUGUUCAAGAAGGUGAUGUUCUGUUAAAAAUUAAUAAUCAGACCAUUACUGAUGGUAUGACACUCAAAGAAGUCAAAAGAAUGAUAGAAUCAGCUAAAGAUAAAAUAAGUUUAACUAUACGCAGAGAAGGUAGUGCCAAUGGUAACCUACAUUAUUCUGGUUCAUCUGAACCUACAUCAUUGCACACCAAAGAAAAUAAUAAUUAUAUGGAAGGAAUUAAUGGAUCAGCAUAUCCAUCUCAAAACCUUUAUGUACAACCACCUAGUAGAAACAUGUUAGAUGAGGCCAAAAGUAACUUAGUGCCUCGUGGUAGAUCUCGAAAUCCUCUUUUGGAUUCAGUGUCCUUAAGCCAGUUAGAUAGACCAACAUCUGCUAUGAAUAAUAACACUACAGUUAACAGCUCAUUGCACAAUGGUGAUUUGGGACCAACUUAUGGUCGUAGCAGAAGUGGAACUGAAGAUCAUUCAGAACCUCCCAGACCACCUCCACCACGUCCUGAAGACUACUACAGUACAACUCGGCAAUUUUAUGAUGAAACAUUACCCCAUAGGUCUAAGCAUAUAAAUCCUGAUCCCAGAUUUAUUACAUUCCAAAAAGAAGGAUCAGUUGGCAUUCGGUUGACUGGUGGAAAUGAAGUUGGUAUUUUUGUAACUGCAGUACAGCCAGGUAGCCCUGCAUUUGCUCAAGGUCUUCAACCGGGCGAUAAAAUAUUAAAAGUGAAUGACAUGGACAUGAAAGGAGUAACUCGUGAAGAAGCUGUUUUAUUCUUGCUUAGCCUACAAGACCAAAUCCAUUUAAUUGUACAGCAUAGACUUGAUCAAUAUGAACAAAUAAUGAACAAUCAACGUGGUGAUUCUUUCCACAUAAAAACACAUUUUGAUUAUGAACAACCAAACAAAGGGGAAAUGAGCUUUUGCAAAGGUGAUGUUUUUCAUGUAAUGGAUACCUUACAUAAUGGUGUAGUUGGUUCCUGGCAAGUAUUUCGUAUUGGAAGAAACAAUCAAGAAGUUCAAAAAGGAAUUAUUCCAAACAAAGCAAGAGCAGAAGAAUUGGCUACAGCACAGUUUAAUGCUACUAAAAAAGAAAUGAAUGCUUCAGAAAAUAAAGGUGGUUUCUUCAGACGCCGAAAACAUAACCAUCGAAGAUCAAAAUCAUUAAGCAAAGAAAACUGGGAUGAUGUAGUAUUUGGUGAUAGUAUAAGCAAAUUUCCUGCUUAUGAAAAGGUAGUAUUAAAUCAUACUGGAUUUGUACGACCAGUGGUUUUGUUUGGACCAAUAUCAGAUAUUGCAAGAGAAAAAUUAUCCAAAGAUUUCCCUGACAAAUUCUUAUCACCUCAACUAGAAAACAACAACACCGAUGGUGCAAAAAAAAUGAGUGGAAUAAUAAGGUUAAGUGCUAUACGUGAUAUAAUGGAUAGAGGAAAACAUGCCUUAUUAGAUGUUACACCUAAUGCUGUUGAUCGUUUAAACUAUGCACAAUUUUACCCUAUUGUUAUAUUGUUACGUGCAGAAAAUAAACAAAUAGUGAAAGAACUUCGUGCUGGUUUACCUAAAACUGCUCAUAAGAGUAGUAAAAAGUUAUUAGAACAGUGUCAGAAGUUAGAGAAAGCUUGGUCACAUGUAUUUACUUCUACACUAACUUUGAAUGGAGGUGAUGCUUGGUACCGUAAACUCAGAGAACUGAUUGAUAAACAUCAAAGUUCGCCUACAUGGGUUAGCGAAACAAAGCCUGAAGAAAAUUUGUCUGAUGAUCUGUUAUUCCCAAUGACCUCCUUACGGCUGUCAUAUGCUUCAUCUCCUGAAAGUGAUAUGGAAACUAGCAAUACAACAUUUGCUUCUCCAACAUCUAAUUCAGCAUCGAGUCCAUCAGCAAUAGGUUCAAGACUUGUAAAGAGUUCAAGUGAUCCAAGUAUUACUACUCAAGAUGAUUCUGCUAUACCUAAUUACAACCCACCUCCUCCAUAUUCACCUUCAGUAUUUAAACAAGCAAGUUAUGAACCACCUCAAGCAUUACGUAUGGCUGGACCUCCUACCCACACGACAUUAAUGGUAAAUGGUAAUAAUGCACCAGAUUUGCCCCCUAGGGUCGAUAGAAACAAUAAACCUAUGCAGUUUAAUCGUGUUAAUGGUCAAAGAUCAGCUACUGAUAGACUUUUCAGUCCUAAUGAUGAUAUUCCUAAUUAUAUAAAUGCUACACCACAUCAUCAAAGGACUCAUACUAGCACUAGCAAACAACUUUAUGAUAUGCAUAACAGUUAUGAUAGUGUAUCAUCUUAUGAUAGUUAUGGUGUUCGAAUGAAUGGGUUUAGUAAUGGUAAUAAUAACCUAACUUCUAAUAUAGUUUCAAAUUCUCAAGAUGAUCUAAAACCAGGCAGUAAUAACACAUUGGGCAGAGGUCAUCAUGAUCCAUAUAGAUUUACAAGGUCUACUCAACAACCCGUUGAUACUAAAAUAUCAGAUUAUCCUAAGUACAGACCUCCUGGCGGUACAUCUGGAGGUAUCAUUGAAUAUGCCACUAGUAAACCUCUACCUCUACCAAAAUCUCCUCAUCAACAAUCUUACAAACCUGUACCACCUCCUAAACCUAAAAAUUAUCGACCACCUAUUCAACAACAACAACAAUACUAUCAACCACCACUACCACCAACAAAUGGCUUCCAGCAUUCAAAAUCAUUUAGUGUGGCUGAUAGCACAUACUCUUCACACCUAUCUAAUGGGAUGCCAUCAUCUCCAAGUAAAUAUUCUUCGGAAUCAACUGAUGUAAACACAGCUGAUUCUGGUCAUGGUAGUAGUUUAGAUAGAGGAUAUGAACGGCGUAGUAAUGGUCAGCAUUCUUCACAGCAAAUGGAAAGGAAUCAUUCUAUGUAUUACAAACACAAUAGGGACCCUAACACACUUGACUUAACUCAGCAUAGAGAUCAACGGGGUAGUGCAUUUGAAUUAUACAAAAAACCGUCAUCGGGGGAUCAUAGAUUAUCUAAUGGUGGUAGUCAUUAUAAUGUUGAUGCUCUCCGGUGACAACGACAGUAUCCGGUCAGGUUUUAACUUGAUUCGGCUUCAAAAUGUUAUAGCCUUCUUUUAUUAGUAUCUCGUCAAAUUCAGUUUUAUACUUAUUUAUUUUUUUUAAAUUAGGCAUAAUGUAGCCAUAAAUUGUUUUUGAUUGUGUUGGACUGACAGUAAUUAUUAGUUAUUGUUGUUAGAACUAAAAUAUUUAUCUUCAUAAAUUGUAUAGAUAAUAAAAUUUUAUAAUAUUUAGAUAUAAUAUUUUUUACCUGUUAAAAUUGUUCAAAUAUUUAAUGAAUAAUUUUAUUGGUGCAAUUAAUUUAUAUAUUAUAUAAUUAAUAAAAUUAGUACAAUUUUUGGGCCAAAUACAAAUAUUGCUAAAUGAAGUCUAAAUAUCUAAUACACUGUAAAUUUUUAAGGAAUUUAAAAUAUAUCCGAGUGUGAAAAUUAAUGAUCAAUUGUUCAUGCCUUCAAGAUCAAAUAAUAAUAUUCUUACUUGUAAACAUUUAUUAAAUGUUUUUGUAUUUGAAAUGUUGUGCCUUAUAUCUAUAUCUUGCCUAUCAAUAAAAUUAUAUAAUUAUUGAUAUCUGAGUAAUUUAAGAUGACAAUAAUUAUUAUGUAUUGUGAUUCUGAAUCGUUUUUUGAUGUAUUACUUUUUUAAGCUUUAAGUUUUAGCAUGCUUUAUGAAAUGUUGAAAUGAUUUUGAUUUAUCUAUUAUCUAAAAAUACUUAGUAGAGUUCGUAUUUAAUU